AGUUUUUGCAUUGUCUGCUAAAGCAGAAUGUAUAGAAAUUUUUAGAGCUGUUUGUUUAAAGCCUAUAUUGUGACCUUUGGAAAUAUUUUUGUAAAUUUGGGUAGCGUUUGGAAAAAAACGCGACCCGACCAAAUUCUAAAUUUAUUUCGUGUUGCCUGCAAUCGAAAGUGUUGCAAGAAUGAUGUCCAAGGUGUGUGCCAUCCUGGCCCAAAUGGGUGUUCGAUCCUCUGGGGAGAAGAGGCACUUGCUGAGCCAGGCUCUAUUGUUUGCCCAUCAGGGGAGUAGGGUCAAAGUUCGGGGUCAAAGUUCAAACUGCUGCAGGAUGAAGGUGGUGCCCUCGCGCCAGGAGCACCUGAAUGCGCUGAAGGGCGAGGAGUUCGAUGUGCUGGUCAUCGGCGGAGGAGCCGUGGGCUGUGGCUGCGCCGUAGAUGCAGCCUGUCGUGGCCUCAAAACAGCCUUGAUCGAGGCCGAUGAUUUUGCCAGUGGCUCCAGCUCGCGAUCCAGUAAACUGAUCGAUGGCAGUGGGUCUUAUUUGGGCACUGCCCUGCGGGAAAAGGACGUCGAGCAGCUGUACAUCAUGCUGCAGAUGAUGAGUGAGCGAGUUACGAUGCUGAAGAAUGCUCCGCACUUGAACCGCAUCCAGCCCAUGGUCAUUCCCAUCUACAAUGUGCUGAGCAUGCCCUGUACUUGGCUGGGCUUAAAGGUCUACGACUGGAUAUCUGCCGCUUCGAAUAUCCGUGGCUCGCACUUUCUCUCCCGGGAGGCCACCCUGUACGAGUUUCCGCUGCUCAAAACAGAGGGCCUGCGCGGCGGCAUGGUCUACUACGAUGGCCAGGUGGACGAUGCCCGGAUGUGCCUUGCUCUAGUCAUGACCGCAGUGGCUCUGGGCGCCAAUGUGGCCAACCACUUGGAGGUGGUGGACCUUCUGCCGCAGGAGGGCUGUUGCCGCGUGGUGGCAGUCAAGGACAAGUUGUCCUGCCAACAGUUCUACAUCCAAUCCAAGGCGGUGAUCAAUGCCACGGGCUCGAGCACAGAUGCCAUUCGCAAGCUGGACACUGAGGACACUGCUCCCAUUCUGGUGCCCACUCUGGGCACACAGGUCUCGCUGCCCAAGUACUUUGGCUCUGGCCACUAUGGCUUGCUAAGUCCGGCGCUGAAAAAGGAGGAUCUCACCAUUUACAUGGUGCCUUUCGAAGACCACAUGGUGCUGGGCGUUCGCGAGGUGGAGCUGGACGAAGUGACGGGUCGCGGGAGUCCCAGUCCCGAGCCCGAUGACGUGGACUGCCUGCUGGAGGCAGCCAAGCGAAGAAUGGCACCCUGCGUUGAACUGGGUAGGUGUCACGUGCUGAGCGCCUGGACGGGCAUUAAGCCCAGUGUGAGUUGCCCAACCGACAAAUCGGAGGACGAGGUGGAGGCCAUGCGGGGCUCGCCCAUCAGCAGCUACCUGAUCGAGGUGGGUGCUGGGGGUCUGAUCACCCUGGCCGGUGGCCGCUGGAGCAGCUAUCGCGUGAUGGCCGCCGAGGCCGUCGAUAUAGCCAUCCAAUCUUGUGGCCUGUGCGCUGAUCAUGUGACCUCCAGUUGGACACAGGAUUUGAAGUUGGACGGCGCCGAGUACUGGUGCUGCAUGCUGCCGUUGGAGUUCGUUCAGGACUACGAUGUGCCCAUGGAUGUGGCUCAGCAUAUAUCCGAUUCGUAUGGCUACAAUGGGCAUGCUCUAUUCUCGCAGGCACCGGAACUGAAUAAGCGCCUGCAUCCGAACUUCCCUUAUAUCGAGGCGGAGGUACUGUAUGCAGUGCGUAACGAGUACGCCUGCACUCUGGUGGACAUCAUAGCCCGACGCCUGCGCAUUGCCUUUGUGGAUGCUGCCGCCGCACUGCACAUGCUGCCUAAGAUCCUCAAGAUCAUGGCCGAGGAGAAGGGCUGGGAGGAGGAGGAGCAGCAGCAGCAGAUGAAGGCUGCUCAGGAGUUUUUGGUGCGGCAAAUGGGCCUAGGUUUUAUAGUCCGACCCAAGAUUACGGGCAAGAGCAAGCCGAUGAAGGCCUCCGCAGAGGGAUGUUGCUGCCGGGCAGCGGCUCGCAAGGAGGCAAGGAGCUUCUCCAGGGAUCACUCAUUGCUCCUCUCCAACCAGAGAUCCUGCAAGAGAGUGUCCAACUUAUUCCCCACUUCUGGCAUCACCCACUGCGCUGUGGAGGACAGUCCUGCGUACUCCGAUUUACCGAGAUCUAUUCCCACUGUCUGGUCGAACAGGAAACGGGACCUCAUCAUCAAUCUUUGGCGAAACAAAUUCAUGUGCUGACAUCUUUCUCAAUUAUGUUCUAGUUUGGUUGUAACCACAGCUGAAUAAGCAAAUAUCUUCGAUCUGUUUGGGUUCUAUAUGCCAAAAUAAAGAACCGGGCACGUAUUAAAAGUCUAUUGC